ACCUUCAGCAUCUUUUCCAAGGCGCACUUUAAUGUGGAGUCACAGCCUUUUGGCGAGGCGAGGGAGUGAAGUCCAGCGUCUCAAUGGAGCCUCAUACUAAAAUGGGAUUUCACAGCGUGGUUUAAAUGUAAACUUCGAAAUGUGAACUUCCGCUCACUCAGCUGACCUCUUGAGUGGUGCACCGGUGGGGAAGACUGACUCCGAAUCGUCUCCAAAGGUGUUCAACACUAAUUCCCUCUAACUGGACUGGAAUGCAAAGAUGCCAAUCAUGGAGAAACAGACGGCCAGAGAGAAAAAAUGCCAAAUGUUGCCGAAGGUCCCUGUGCCCCCACUCAAACAGACCCUCGACACCUACUUAAAGUGUGUCCAACACCUGGUGAAGGAGGAGCAGUUUAAGAAAACAAAAGUCAUUGUGGAGAAGUUCGGGGCUCCUGCAGGUGUUGGCGAGGUUCUCCAGAAGAAGCUUUUAGAGAGAAGGGACAAGACUACUAACUGGGUGUACGACUACUGGCUCGAAGACAUGUACUUGAACAACAGGUUGGCCCUACCUGUCAACUCCAGUCCUGUCAUGGUGUUUCCCACGGAGACGUUUAGAGGCCACAAGGAUGCCCUUAGAUUUGCUGCUGGUCUCAUCAGAGGAGUGUUGGAGUAUGCUGCUCUCAUUGAUGCGCGAGCGCUGCCAGUGGAUUUUGCUCGAGGCCAGCAAGCUGGGAUGCCCCUGUGCAUGGAGCAGUACUACCGCCUGUUCAAGUCCUAUCGCUACCCGGGGUUAAAGACGGACACGCUGGAGGUCCAGAUAAACGAGGCGUCCUCAGCGUCGCAGCACAUCAUUGUGGCGUGCAAGAACCAGUUUUUCGUGUUGGAUGUAGUCGCAAACGGCAAGCAGCUCAUGGAGACUGAGAUCUUAUCCCAACUGGAGAAAAUCAUGACAAUGGCAGAACGAGAAGAUGAGAAGCUCCCUCCUUUUGGCAUCCUGACAUCUGAUGGAAGAACAGAAUGGGCACAAGCCAGAGAUGUACUCACAAAAGAUCCGACCAACAGGGACACUCUGGCCCUGAUCGAGAGCUGUCUGUGUGUGGUGUGUCUGGAUGAGCCCAGUGGGCUGGAGCCUAGGGAUACCAACAGGGCCCUGCUGAUGCUGCACGGUGGCGGCCGCGAGAAGAACGGGGCGAACCGCUGGUAUGACAAGUCAAUGCAGUUUGUUGUAGGAUUGGACGGGAUAUGCGGGGUUGUGUGCGAGCAUUCGGCAUUUGAGGGGAUAGUUAUGGUGCAAUGCUCUGAAUACCUGAUGAAAUACAUAGCAGGGAGUGCCUCCAAGAUGGCGAGAUCAUCCAGCAUCAGAAAGCUCCCCGCUCCAAGAAGGCUGCCCUGGAAAAGCAACGCGCACAUCCAACGACUCUUAACAGCUUCUGGAGACAGACUCCAGAGGGUGGUGGAUAAUCUUGACAUGGAUGUUUUCAAGUUCAAAGCUUAUGGGAAAGAAUUCAUUAAAAAACAGAAGAUGAGUCCAGAUGCAUUCAUACAACUUGCCUUACAACUUGCCUUUUACAAAUGCAACAGAAGGCUCGUUACGACUUAUGAGAGUGCGUCCAUUCGGGGCUUCCAACAGGGUCGGGUUGACAACAUUCGCUCCGCCACCCCCGAGGCCCUGGCCUUUGUGAUGUCCAUGACAGACGAGAGGGCCAAUGUCUCCGAUUCAGAAAAAAUCAGACGUUUGAUAGAUGCAAUUAAUGCCCAGACAAAUUAUACAAUCGCAGCCAUUACAGGAAUGGCAAUAGACAAUCAUCUCCUCGGGCUUCUGAGGAUUGCAGAGGAGCUCAACAUGGAGAAGCCAGAGAUCUUCUGCGAUGAGACAUAUUUGGCCAGUAACAAGUUUGUCCUUUCAACCAGUCAGGUCGCAACCACGAUGGAAAUGUUCUGCUGCUACGGCCCCGUGGUGCCCAACGGCUACGGCGCUUGUUACAACCCGCAGUCGGACCACAUCGUCUUCUGCGUGUCGAGUUUCUGGGAGUACACGCAGACGAGCUCGGCCGUUUUCGUCAAAGCCCUGAACGAGAGCCUGGAGGAAAUCAGGGACGUGUGCAAUAGAAGCGGCGCCGCGGCCACCAAGCAGGCCGAUAUCGGCCAGGAGGCUGGCCAGCGUCAUAAAUCAGGGAAGUAAUAGUGGGAGCAGAGGCCCACUCAGGCUGCUCCACUCAACUCCAUUCAACAGUCCUCUCUCGGUAGUUCAGAUGCUUUUCUAUGUCUUCGUUGUCCACGCAAUCCGUGUUGUUAACAAACAAAACAAAGCCUUAAAGUUCAGACAUACUUUGUAAAUGUUAAUGUGAUGUGAAUGAGAAGUGGAUAUGAAUAGACGCCAUUGUAAUGACCCCCGUUUGAAUUGGCAGACUGAGAUAAUCUGGUCUGCUGCUUUUAGGAAACUAAAGCCAUGCCCGCUUUGAAGCACUGACGAGGGGGGGCAACUCCCUCACCAGAAGCAAUAAGCUGGGCCGAUCCCAAAGUAUAUCUUACACACAUAGAGUAGUAAUGUAUUUGAGAAUAUUCUGUAUAGUGGUUAAGUAUACAAAAAAUAUAUAUAUUUAAGAUUCAGGACAUCCUGUAAAUGUGAUCCUGUUUCAGUUUGUGUUCCAUCAGGUAAAAACAAACUGGGUCGGUUACGUUAUAUACUCUGCUAGAUCCAUUUUAUUGUGCUAUUUAUUCCAUGUUUUUAGUCUGUUGAGACCACAAGGUUUCCAAAGAGGCUGUGUACAUGUGAAGUCUGAAGAGGCACUUUAAGAUAUAUAUAUAUAAAAAGUUGAUUUGAAUCAUUUGACCUAGUUGUAGAAUUAAUGUGUGUACAGGUGAAAACUGGUGGUUUUAGAGGCACAUUUAAGGUGAGCUAGAAGUACUGUAUGUUUGUAUGUGUGUGUCUCAUGUUAUGGCACUAGUUAAUAAGUGUGAAGUGCAAUACUGUGCUACUUUAUAAUUAAAAUACAAUCCAGUGGAGAAUGAGGCAAACAUGUGUUCACGUGUAUUAAAGCACUUUGUAAUGCACUCAGAGGUAGAAUGAGGGAUUCAUUGUAAUACUGUAGUGCAAUAAAACAAAAGCAAGUGCAGUGAAGGUAAGCGUGCAAUUUACCAAAACAACUCUAUAGAUGCAUGGAGCUUUUGUAAUGUAGUAGAUGAGCUAUAUUUGAUAAUCAGAAAUAUCCGUUAUUUAUUUUUUAACAUUCAAAUUAAUUGACAGCAAUCUUCAUCGUGGACGCUGUUCGGUUAAACAAAUAUACAUCAAUUCAAAAUGUACUUGUUACCAGGAUUCUUCUACAAAGGUUUAUUGUAUUGCAACCUUUGAUGCUUCAUGAAAACAAAAAAUGGAACCAGUGAGCUGUAGUGUUGAAAAUGUUUGCUGUCCUGAAUCAAGAUGAACUUUUUCUCUACCAAUCAUCAGCCAAAGUGAAUGUGAACCAUGCAGAUGAUUUCAAAAUCAAUGUAUAAAAAAAAGACUAUAAGCAAAACAUGUUGCAUGUUUAUUCUUCUAUACUAUCUGUAUUUCUUCAUGUAGAAAUGAAAAGCUUAUAUAAUGAUGAAUAGAACUACUAGUAGGGUACAAAUAAGUAACAAAAAUGCCUUAAAAUAAAUUGAUGUUAAUGUCUUUCUGCCAGAUGUAAUAUUAUCUAAAUAUUGAAUGUUUUACCUCUAAAGUAAAGUGGAUUUGUUUGUGAUCUAAUCCGUGUUACAUCUAACUGAUGUAAUAUUUGUCAUGUGUUGUUCAUUGGGUUGUCCGAUAGUAUAAAUGUUGCAUACUAUGAUAGUAUUUUUAAAUCAGAAUCAAUGUGUGACACAUCCUGGACACGGUGCUUUAUGAAGUAUUUUAACAUUCAAUGAAUGCUUAGUGAAAACUUAUAUUUAUCAAAGACAAACCAGAAAAAAAGGUUGAUUUUCUUUUUUUUUAAACUACAACCAUACAAUAUUGAUUGAAGACAUCGCUAAUAUAAACUGUAUUAAACUGUUAUGUAGCAAAAAGUGUUCCAGAAAUAAAACAACAACUAUCUAAUUGUAUGUGUUUUAUGUUAAAACUCAUGGCACACAGUUAACGUUCUGGAUUCUACAUUAUUUAGUUCUGUCACAAUUAAUACAAUAAGGUUGUAGUCUUAAUUCCGAUAUCACACACAUAUGAGCGAAUUUACUUACUUUAAUUAUUGUGUUCCAACAU